CUCAGUUAAUCACCAGCAAGCAAAACGUUCAGUUGUGUUUCAGUUGUCGAGAAGUCAGGGUGUUUCUACCUUCCAUUUACCGUUCCAGUGUAAAAUUCAGGCGACACGCUUAGCGGUAAAAAACCCACACAUCCACGCACAAUAAAGUAUAUUGGGGCAAAUGUUUUUUCAACCCGGUUCCUAGAGAUCUUCUGAAAAAACAAUUCCCUAUCUACUGUUCUUUUUUUUCUCGUUCUCUGUUCUCAAAGUGAAGUAGCCGCGGCGUGCUAAAUUUGUAUUGCGUGCAAAAUUGUUAAAAAAAAAAAUAAACCGAAAGAGAAAUAAGCAAACACAUACACACGCAUUCCGCAUUUUUCCUGCCCACAACUUUUUUUUUUUAAGUUCAAAUUUGGUAUUGCAUUAGAAUUUAUUUGGUGACAGCUGUUGAACUAUGAGUGAAAAAAUCGCGCGCAAUCAGGAAAAAUUAAAAGUUACCAAGGAGAACCGCUAAAAAGGGCCACUUUUCAAACGGUUAGAUUCCAGUGAAGUUGUAAGCACACAGGGAACCUAAAAAAAAAAAAAACAGCCAAAAUGUCUGAUCGCAAGGCCGUGAUUAAAAAUGCCGACAUGAGCGAGGAGAUGCAGCAGGAUGCCGUCGAUUGUGCGACACAGGCCCUCGAGAAGUACAACAUUGAAAAGGACAUUGCGGCCUACAUCAAGAAGGAGUUCGACAAAAAAUACAAUCCCACAUGGCAUUGCAUUGUCGGUCGCAACUUUGGAUCGUAUGUCACACACGAGACGCGCCACUUUAUUUACUUCUAUUUGGGCCAGGUGGCUAUUUUACUGUUUAAGAGCGGUUAAAGUAUUGUCGAGUCGGAUGAAGUGGUGGUGAGGAGGCUGAUGGAGAUGCAGCAGCUGCCCCGCCAGCAGCAACAACAGCAGGGGCAGCAGUCGCAUUUCGGAGCAUCAGAGGAUGAGGAUCUAGAGCAGAAACAGCAACAACCACAACAAUCACAGCAACUACAGAGCCAGCAGCAACAACAACAACAACAACAACAACAACAACUACAAAAAGAACAAGAACGAAAACAGCAAACACUACAACCACCAGUAGAACAUCUCAAGGAUGCGGAAAUGAUGACCGAUAGGGCAAGCGAGAAGCAACAGCAGCAAAAACGAUCAGAAGAUUCGCAAAUACAACUAACCAACGAUCAAGACGUGGACGAUGGGGACGAAGACGAAGACGAGGACGAGGACGAUGAAGAUGGCACCAUUGUGGAGGACAGCGAUGCCACCAGCUGCAGCAGUUGUCGACGAGCCGAACUGGAGGAUAAUCAGCAAGAACAACCGCCGACAUCAUCAUCUCCCCACAAGGAUCGGGAACACGUCACAUAGGGCAUUCUCUUUCACAAUAUGGAGAGAGAGGCUACACACGAGCACACCGUUCUAGAUUGUCUAUCGGAUGCAAACAACGCCGAUUGGUUGGUGGUACAGAUUAUAUACAAUAUAUGCUCAGCAAUUUAAAUUGAACAAGCGUUGAUGUUCAAUAGGAAAGCGCUACUAGAACACACAAAAUACACUACUAGAAACAGAGGAACUUGUUUAGAAGCACGAACCAACGAUGUUUAGUUUCGAAAUCACCAUUUCCCGUCCUAAACUUCUGCAUGUUGAUGGUAUAGUUUAGAAUAAGCAAUUGGUUACCAUUUGGAUUUGCAUUCGCUCCCAAUGAUUCAAACAUCUGUUGAAAUAUACUUUUAAUAUUUUCUUUUGCAAAUGUUUUAUGUGCUGGAGCUUUGUUUGGACUUUUGAUUUACAUAUGAAACCUGCGCAAUUAAACAAUUGUUAACAAGAAAAGAACCAAAAACUAUGUGUUAUAUUAUUUUCCAUUUUUAUUUUCAAUCCAAUUUCGUUGGCGCUUAGCAGAGGCAAGAACCACACACACACACACACACACACACACACACACACACACACACACACACAAACACACACACACACGGACACAUAGCACAGGCAACAACCACCACUACAACCGAACGAGUAAAAUAAAAAGAAAAACUUAAUAUUUAACAAAAUUGUAAGGAAAACUCACAUAUUUUUCUGUCGGAUGGAUUAUUUAUGUGUAUUGAACUCUCAACACUUGUAAUCGGAAACCAAGCAGAAAGUAUAUAAAAAAAAAUAGUAUAAUGUGAAAUUUGCAUACACACCAUACUCACUCACACACACAGACGCUCUCUGCACACCUAAUGGGUACACAGAGAAAAAUAUCUCAUUGGCAUGCUUUUCCCAAAAAAAAAAAAAACAAUGGUAUUCCAUAACUUCGGUUUUUUAAAUUGUCAAAAAAAAAAACGCAGUUUAAAAUUGCAUUUGUUAGGUUUUUCGUACCGAAAAUGUUUUCUGAAUAUAUUAUAUGAUGAAAUAUUGCAAAAUAACAAUUUAUCUUGCAAUAUAGCUAUUAUAAAUGAUUCAAACUAUCGGAUGACAGGUUAAUAAGGUUGUCAAAUUUUGUUGGAUUGUUUGCAAAGGAUAUUACAAGUGAUUGCUAAUUUCUUUCUGUGUGCUUAAACAAUGUAUUAUUCAUUGCUUACGAGCAAACCAAAUCGGUGCGUGUUUGGACAUGGAUUUUUCCCACCUCCCAACCAAGCCAUCCCCCCGCCCCCUCUAAACCUUUAUUUACUCCUUUGCCUGGAUUUUGCCAAACAACGGCAAGCCAGCAAGAACAUGAAACCAUUGCAAUAAAACCAUAGCAGCAACAAAUUACACGCAAAUCAAAUAUUAUGUGUAUGUGUAUAUGUAUUGUCCAUCCACAGCAGCAAAGUAUGCAACAAAAAUUUUUGUAGAAACUGCAAGCAGUUUUUUUUUUUUUUUUUUUUUUUUUUUUAUCGAUGAUGUUUUUAUUAUUUGAUCAACGCACUGUUACCCAUGCGGCAACUUAAUUUGAUCUGCUUAAAUUAUUUUAUUUUACAAUGUGUCUUGGUUACUUAAGACUAACAGAUUUUUAAUCCUAAAAAAGAUAGGGAGAAUUAUAAUAGUUGAUAUAACAUAGUAAUUAUUAUUUAUUUGAUUAUUCUAAUGAAUUUUAAAACUAAGACUUUCUAGGUCAAAACCAGGUUAGGGAGGUCAUGAGGGUGGUGUGCAAGCAGUAAUAAAACAAAAAGGCGGAGAAAGUCGAAAGCAAAAGCAAAGACAAAAUAAAUAAUUAUCAUCUUGUCGUUUAUAUAAGUGUGUGCUAUGUGUUUCUCCGAAUCGGAUUUAUGUUAUAUAAAACAGAAGAACAGUAACAAUUUAAAGGCAAAUUUCAAGGAAUGAAAGCGAACAGUAAUAAGAAACAAGGAAACCAAAAAGUAAAUAUAUAUAUUCAUGCAAGAAAUACAAAAUAAAGUAAACAUUGGUGUAAAUUAAGCAAGAACCUAAGUAAAACCUACUAAAAACAACCAAAAAAAAUAAGAAGCUUAAUACGUAAUUUCCUGAAAACAACAGAAGACAUAUGCAGAAAUCACACACAUUUACCGUUACUUUUCACACACAUACAGCACCUCUCUCUCUUUAGCUAUUGCGUUUUAGAUUAUUGCUCAGCACGUUUUUGCGUAGACACAAAACUAUUUAUGCUAACGGUAAGAUAGAACCUCCUCUCUCUCUCUCACCCACACACACACACACCUCCCCCACUUACACACACACAAGCACUCGCAAAAACAAGAAGACGAAGAGAAAAACUAAAUUUUUUUCUUAUAAUCGGAAUGCCGGAUUUCUAACGGGAAAGGAAACAAAAACACAACAGGACUUCUAAUAAGUGUUUAUACAUACAAAUAUAUAUAUAUAUACAUGUACAUGUAUACAUAUGAAACAAAACAAAAAACAAAGCAAAGCAUAAUUUUUUGUCAUAAUGCAAAAUAUUUGUGUGAGAAACCAAUUUUUGAUGUAACAGAAAAACGCGCGAAAAAUUGAAUAUGUGUAACGGUAACAGAGCAAAAGAUAGAUAAAAGAAAGUAAAAAAUUUAUUUCAUUCGCUUAGUUUUUCCCAAACGAUCGAUCCAUUUCCUCAUUUUCCGUUAGUAACUUUUAAACUCAAAUCUUUUAGCUGCCAUUUCUAAAGCAAAAAAAAAAAAAUGAAACAACAAACCGAGAAACCAACAAAUACAAAAACUAGUUUAAAAUCUUAGUUUGUAAAGCGUUUAUUUGAAUUUAACUGUUUAAUUCUACUUUACCUAUUUCUAUUUAACUGGUUUUUUGUGCAAGGAACAAACAUUACUUAAGUUUUUGUAAGAGAUUAGUGAAUUAUGUGAGCUGAGUGCGAUAUAGAGCAGUAUUGCAAUUGCAACUGCAAUCGCAAAUGUGGAUUUAUGGAGGCAAUUUCAAGUAACAAUACGAGUAAGAAAUGAGAAAGCAAACAAAAACCAAAUGAGAUCUUCAAUGUGAAAUAAAAGUACUUCUUUG